UAGCAGACAGAAGCGCUUUCUGGUGAGGUAUAGUCAAAGCUUUUCUAAGUUUCCCGCAGCCGUAGGUACUUGUAUUUUAGUGACGCAUGGUAUAAUUAUUCAACAAAAUGGCAAAAUUUGAUCUAACAUCUACCAUAGGGCAGUAUUUAGAUAGGCAUUUGGUAUUCCCUCUUCUGGAAUUUCUAUCUCCAAAACAGAUAUACGAUGAAAAUGAACUGUUACAAGCGAAGUUGGAUAUUCUCAACAAGACCAAUAUGGUGGAUUAUUCAAUAGAUAUUAGAAAACUAUUAUAUCCUCAUCAAGAAAUCUCAGAGGAAUUGAAAGACCGUCGUGAACAAGUUGUCCUUCAACUUAAUGCUAUGAAGGAGAAAGUUGGUCCUAUUGUGUCUCUGUUGAGAAAUGAUGAAGCCAUGAAAAACGUUGAACACAUGCGAGAUCCUAAAGCUCUUCUAAAUCAUCUGAUUAAAGAAUAUAAUAUAACCAUGGACAUGAUUGAAAACCUUUACAAGUUAGCAAAAUAUUAUUAUGAGUGUGGUAAUUAUUCUCUUACUAACUCAUAUUUGUACUUUUAUUCCCUAGUAAUGCCAUCAUCUGAUAAAAACUAUUUAAAUGUAUUGUGGGGAAAGUCAGCUUCAGAAAUCCUUGUUCAGAACUGGGAAACUGCUCUUGAAGAUUUGAACAAACUACGUGAAUUCAUUGACGGUAAUUCAUUUUUUGGCUCGUCUCUUCAGCUGUUGCAACAACGGACCUGGCUUAUCCAUUGGAGCCUGUUUGUAUUUUUCAACCACCCAAAAGGACGUGAUCAUAUUAUUGAUUUGUUUCUCUACAGACCACAUUAUUUGAAUGCUAUUCAAACCAUGUGUCCACAUAUUUUGCGAUAUUUGGCUACUGCUGUAAUUGUGAACAGAAACCGGCGAAGUGCUUUAAAAGAUUUGGUUAAAGUUAUACAACAGGAAUCUUACACGUAUCGUGAUCCCAUCACUGAGUUUUUGGAACAUCUUUAUGUAAAUUUUGACUUUGAUGGGGCUCGACAGAAAUUGCACGAAUGUCAAACUGUUAUUUUUAAUGACUUUUUUCUGAUUGCGUGUUUGGAUGAAUUCAUUGAUAAUGCAAGACUGAUGAUUUUUGAAACUUUUUGCCGUAUCCACCAGUGCAUCAGUAUAGCAAUGCUUGCAGAAAAAUUGAAUAUGAAUCAGGAAGAGGCUGAAUGUUGGAUAGUAAAUUUAAUCAGAAGUGCAAGACUUGAUGCGAAAAUUGAUUUGAAGCUGGGACAUGUUGUUAUGGGUACACAACCACUAUCCCCGUACCAACAAUUGGUGGAAAAGAUUGAUACACUGUCUGGACGCUCAGAGGACUUGCAACAUCUUAUUGAACGUAAAUUGAAAGCACGAGCACAAGAUAUACGUUGGGGAGCUCAAGAAUUUUGAAGAUUCAGUGUUAAAUACAUCUUUUCAACUUUUGUAAUGGCAUCCUCUAAUUUGAACAAUAAAAUCUUUGCCAACCACAGGAGAGCUUUUUCUUUUUCUGUGAAGAGUUUAGUAUUAAAAAUGUAUCCUUGAAGUUAACACUGAUUCAGAAUUCCAAUUUUUGUUGUAAAUGCAGUGUAUGGUAAUGACUAUAUACAAAGCUGAAGAAAUUAAGCAAUCCAUUAUCCAGAACAAUUUAAUGGAAAUUGCAAUGUACAUAACUGUUUUGUAUUACAAGUUACAUAAAUAUCAGAGUGCAGUAACUUAUUUAUGUGGAAAUGGUAAUAUUUGUGUAAAGAAUCAGUCUGAAAGUACAUAAUAAAUUUAACUAUUCAGAAAUUUGUAUACGUUUAUGUGACUAAAUACUCACUUUAUAGUAUGAAACAACUUGAAAUAUGAGAAAUCAAAAUGGUUUUGUCAUGUCGCAAGUCUGAAAUAUGUUGAUAACGAUGGAUAAGAGAAAGGUAGGAAAAAAUGAACUUGGAACACAUUGAAUUACGUUAAAACAAAUAUGCAGAUGGUAGCUAAUGAUAUUUCUAAAGUUAAAACAUUUUCUUAAAUAUUUUGUUCCUCGAGUUCAGUUUCAUUCAGGCAAGGCAAAGGUCUAAUAAUAAUUCAAAAUUAUUUGUGAAUAUUUUAAAUGUUAUUUCUCCAUGAUAGUAUAGAUAUACAGGAUUUUUAGAUACCACUAUGAGUGUAAGUAAUGUCAUGUCUUUAGACAACUGAAAAAUGGGAAGACACUGAAUAAGAUACUUUUUUUUGCCUGAAGUCUUGACACUGGGCAAAAAAGUAUUUCUGUACAAAAAUUAUGCUUUUUUCCAAUAAGCAGUCUAAGAGAUGAAACAAAUAAUUUGUAAAUUAAUCAUUUUUGUAGAAUUGUAGAAAAUAUACUUCCUGAGUAAAACUAGUAAAGUAAGCUCAAUCUUCGUUUUUAAUUUGGUCUUUGUAAAAAACCACCCUCAAUAUCAAUGUGAAAAAAAUCACACUUAAAUGAAAAUAACAUUUACUUUUAUUCCAAUUUGAUUUAAAUUUACAAAUUGAGAACAUUCAGUACAGCCUUUACUGACCAUUGUUCCUUGAACAGAUGCAUUAUACUAAUUCUACAAAACUACAAGAAAUGGUUGACUUGUGUGCGCUAGUGAUUUUGAAUGUUUGGAGGGCAAUGACAGUAGUAAAUGAUCAUGGAGUGAAUGAUAAAGGAAAUUAAUUCUGGAUUAAGACAUUGAUAAAAUUGCGUUAGACAACUAUAGAUAAAUUUCUUCUCUUCGAAACAUAAGAGCAUUGAAGGCAAAGGAAAAUGUAUUAGCUGUUGUGCUGUUUUUAAAAAGACUGCAAGAGGUGUCAGAAAGCAACAAAUUUAAAAGAAUAGACAAAUUAUAUUGAGUAAAUACAUUAUGUAUGUGCAUAUACCACUACUGUGUAUUUCAAAACCAAACGUUUUAGAAUGUUAAUAUAUACCAUGAACACCUUUGUUAAUAACUGUAUCUUUGCCAUUUCUGCUUUUAAAUCUCAUCUCUUACUUUGGAACUUAGCCCAGUAUCUUGCCAAGAUAUCAGUUUGCUGACUAUUAUGUAUUCAUGAAGAAAGUAAUUUUUUAAAAUUUUAUUUCUUUCUUAUUCUUAUCUAGUAUUUGAAUACCCUUUGAAGCAAUGUAUAUCUGAUUACCAAUAUCCAUAAACUUUUUAUCA